AAAAUCUGUAAACGCGAUGCGUCUGUGGUGCGGACCGGUUGUGUCAGUCGGAGCGUAAACGUUAGAUAGAUCGGCGUCGACGGUCGCAGUCGUGUCCGGUUUUAUUAAUAUAAUAAUAUGUAUAAUAUGUUUUAAGGCAUACGUAAACAUAUUAUAUCAUUUAUAUAUAUCUCGUGUAGUGAAAAUUAAAAAUAAAAAAUAAUAAUAAUAUAAUACGCAUCAGUGUUCCAUCCGAGAUCAACAGGCGCGUCCGAUGAACGGUUAUUUAUUUAUCAUCGAUAUAACAUAAUAAUAUAAUUCAAUAUAAUAUUAUUAAUAUAAUAUUAUGUGUGUGUGUGAUACCAUUGACCGGAGACGAUGACUGUUGCGAUUCACCGCCGGCGCAGCUACCCUACACCGUCCACACGUUAUAGGUGAAAUGCAAAAUCCGAGCUGAAGCCAACGCGAAGUAUCGACAACAACGACGAGCAGGAAAUCCACAAGACAGUAGAUAAUAUGGUGUUGCGCCCGUGUGAGGAAUACGGUAGUUACACGAUGGAUAACUACCCGCAAAACGGCGGCGGUGGCCAUCAUUUUUACGAGAGCAUCAAAACCGAAAUGGAAAGUUUUCGGUUGCGUGGCGCGGACGGAAAUUUUUCGGCGUCGGUGGCGGCCACGUCCGAUGCAUUGCUCAGUGACGACACUAGCUCGAUAGCGUCAAAGAAACGAAUAGACAGUAUGUUCAAGACGACUGCUUCCGCUGCGGGUGACACAAAGCGGACGUCCGGCCACCGCGCUGGCCGUCAGACCCAGUCGUUGGCCGACGACAAGAACCACUACGACGAGGAUGUAGGUGGUGGAUAUUUUGAUUACGGUUAUGCCCCCGGCACCAACGAUAGAAACAACAACGGCAACAAUAACAACAACAAGAAUACGGUACAAGAGAAGAUCGAAAAGAUGUUUGCGGAAAUCAGUUCCUCGGAACUCGACACUGAUGUAUCGAUGGACUCCUCAGCGGUAGCGGCAGAGACGGGUAGCAACAAAUUCCACGUGCAGUACAUAGGGUGCGCGGGGCUGUCGGGCAAGAUAUCAUCGUUGGAGGGCCUUCAGAAGCCCGUCCGAGACAUGUACUUCGGUUACCGGGAAAACCAACACCAUUACCGCGGCGGUGGUAUCCCGAAGCGUGGUUAUUACGACGACGAGAUCCGGGCCGAAGCACGGCGUGACUUCUCCGGGUUGUUGGAGAUAUCUGCAGCCGGUCUUACCAUCCGGUACAGGAACGGGUUGGGUGACACGGAGCAGCGGACCAACGCAUUCCCAUCGAUCGCUGUGUGGGCGGCUCUGAAAUAUGUAUGCCGCCGCCGGUCGCCACCACCGCAACGGAGAAUCGUCGGAGAAGCCACCACCACCGUCGUCGGUUACGAGUACGCUUUCCUGCCGCUGAUCGCCGAUCCAGAUGGAUCGGACAAGGCGCCGCUGUUCCGGGACAUGGACGCCGGCGACCGGGCCCGGCUGGACGCAGCCGGCGACCACGCGCCUGUCUUCGCGGUGGUCACGCGCGCGGCCGGCAAGCGGCUUGAAUGUCACGGGUUUGCGUGCGAGACAGAAAACGACGCAUUGCUCAUGGCAGCCAACCUAUACGGGGCCCUAGUAACGGCUAUGUCUUCGGCCGCGGCGGCGGUAGACGUGGACGCGCCAAUGUCCGGUGAGGCGGCCGGACGACGGGCCGCUCCCUCGGCAAGGCGGGUCAUCCGACAGCGGAACGGGUUCACGAGCAUGAGUAGCACGGCUGGUUCGAGUGUGGCCGGUGGUGGUGUAGGGGAGGAAGCACCCGCCCUACCACCGCCUCGUCCACCACGCAGGAACAAAAAGUCCACGUCGUCUGUCAGCGCUUCGACAUCGGCCGGCGAUGACGGAAGAAGCGUUCCGUCGGCGAUGACGUCGGUUCGAGCAGACGACGGCAGCGGUGGUGACGUGUGCAGCGGUGCUAAAACGUUCCAGUUGACCGUCAAACAGCCUCCGUCGCUUCAGCGGGGUGUGUGUAACAGUAGCAGUGCUGCGGGCUUGGCAGACAUGCAUUCCCGCAGCACUAGACAGCAGCGUUUGGAUGGUGGCGGCGACAUACUCACCAAAGUGGCCAUACCCAGGAGCAGGAGUUUUCUGAAUUCUAACGGUUUGGCGUCCACUAAGUACUCGAGACGCGCAGCUGAUUGCGGGAUCGAGACGGCUGCGGCAGACAGGCGCCGCCGCCGAAGCAAUGGCAGCGGCGUCAUGGGCUUCUCUGACAUGUUCAACGAGAUGCGUGCACAAGAGGGCCUGAACAACAUGGACGACAUAUUGAACGCCAUCAUCAAUGUGGAGGGUAUGUCAUACAAUGACUUAAAGCCCAUUUACAAGGAGUUUCUAAUGAAAUUGGCGUUGACGCUUACCAAAGACGAGCUGUACCAGCGUACCAAAGCAAUAAUGACGGAACAGAAACGUAAGCGGAACAAGCGGCGUCCAGCGGUCGCCACACAGGCGGCCGGCCGCGGGCGUCGUUUCAAUGACAAGCUGCGCGAUGCAUUCAACUUUCGGGCGGCCAAGUCACGAAUCGGCUCCGUAUUGUUGCCGGAUUUUUGCAAGCGCAAAAACCGGAACAGUGCGUCCAGGAAAAAACAUCAAUUAGUGCAGCAACAUCAACAACAACAACAAAAGCGACGUCGAUGUUCGUGUUCGAUUAUCGCGGGGUCGUCCACCAGUCCAGCGGACCGGAAACCGGAACGCAAGUUUCAACGGCGGGUCGCAGCGGGCAAACGGUCAGUGGUCACGUCGGCAAAGAAAGGACGACGGAUGUCGGCCACGUCGUCGUCACCCGUCUGCAGCACUUCCGACGACAGUGACUUUUUUGCGGCCGCGGCGAUGCGGCAACGACAACAUCAACAGCUCCAACAACAACUGCUGCAGCAACUGCCGCAGCUCUACAAGAAGACGUCCAAAAAGCGUGGCGGCGGUGGUCGAGGAACGGCUACGGCGUCCGAGGCCGGUUGCCUGCACCGGGCGUCCAGCGGUUAUUUUAGCUGUUCCGAGUGUAGCGGAGGCGGUGCGAUUGACGACGACGGGUGCAGUUGCUGCGGUGACGGCGCUAUGGAACCGACUACGUCGCUGGUGUCAUGCAGCUGCGACUCGGACAGCUGCGCGGAAAGCGACAAGUGUUACUGUGGCCGUCCGCGGCGCCCGCGGAACAUAUUCGAUGAGCUCAAGAGCCGCGGGUUUGCCGCGUCCGAGUCGAGCGUGUCGAGGGCCGACUCGCCGGGCACCGCAUGGAAAAAGAAUGAGCUGCUCAUGCUGCUGCAGCAACGACACGACGAUAGUGGCCCCGGUAUGGGCGGCGAAUCGUCUCCGGCGACUGCCGGCGGCGGCAAGUGCGGAAUCGAACCGUCUAAGAGCAUCGAAUACCUCCAGAUGACGCACCGGGCCCGUCCGAGCGCCACCACAACCGUCGCCGGUGCAAAAUCGACCGCGGCGGCUGGUUCAUCGUCGUCGCCGUCGUCGUCCUUGUCCGCGGCCACCGUGUACUCGUCGUCGUCCGCGGUGCACCAACGUCGGCCGCAACCAUCACGCGGUGCCAAACACCACCACCGCCGUUCCGGUUCGAGCGGUUCGGACAACUUUCGCGCUAUCGAUUACGCGCUAUUCGCGGCCACUGCUGACGGCGCUGCGGGGCCGCGAAAGACACGUGGCUGCGGUGGCACCCGUCAGAAUCACCGCCGUCCGGAUGGCUCGCUGGCCGCCUCCUCGUCGUCUGUAGCGGUGGGCAGGCGGUCGUAUAGUUCCGAAGCCGUGCACAUGACCGGCUGUCGGGUGCAGUACGGUGGCCACGCGCGACAGCCUGCACUGCCACAGCAGAAAAAGCAGACCGCUAGACGACAUUCCGUCCACGACGGCGGCGGCGAUGACGUCCUGUCAACCUUUUUCAAAUCAGGCAUUGAAAACUCGUUAGGCUACUAUCCGUGACGAUUCGCGCCGCGUUAAAGUGGCGCGGCAAACGCUAUCGUUUCUGUAAGGUGGGGGGGGGAUCGAAAUUGUUUAAGAUGUUACCACCGCCUGCGUGCAGUAUUCAAUAUAUUCCGACAAAAUAAAUGGUUUAAUCUAUUUUGUUUCAUACCAAUAAUAAAAUUCAUAUAAUAUAAUAUAUUUUGGAAGGUCAUCUCGAUUCUCAACCAUAUUGUAUUAUAUCUACAAUUUUCCGGCUAACCCGAUAUUAAUAUCGAAAUUUCGACUACCACUGUUCCCAUGCUGCUUUUAAUUGUUUUUAAGACAAUUUUUGAAUUUUGUAAUCUAAAAAACAAAUAAAAAUCAAUUAAGUCUGCUCAACAAGACUUAAACCGUAAAGCAUAUUAUUAUAUUAUUAUUUUAUUAUAUAAAAUCGAUAAAGGUACUUCUACGAUUGAAUCACGAACAAACCGAUUUUCUAUAGGGCGAAUUUUCACCUCACUGGGAUUUGCCGCGAAUAGAAAAUGUUCUAUGACUUUUCCUACUAUUGUAUUAUAUGGUAUUAACUAUAAUAUUUUAUCCAAAAGACGAGUAUGUGGGUCUCAAAUCUAAAUUAUACUCUGGAAACAGAUAUUUUGAAAAUGUAAUGUACAAUUCUGUAAAAAAAAAAGUAAGCGAGUAAAUCUAUAGGUAGAAAACACUAUCCUAUGCGUGUUUAUUAUUAAUAUUACGUGUAAAUGGUUUUUUUUGUAUAUUAUGUUUUCCGUAUUAAGUUCUGUAAAGCAGACCUAUUUUGUCUUUUAGAUUACAAUAUUGUUCUAUAAUCAUACAACGCAGUGUUAACAUGGGGUAGUCACAAUAACAGCAUAAUAUUCUGUAUAUUCAGUUUAUUAUAGGUUAGGUUACUGAGUUUACCAGCAAAUUGUGUAUGUUGUCUCGGUCGCGAUAACCGAUAAUUACCUUAUAGUUCAUCUUAUAACGAAAUAAGCCACCAGUCAAUAUUUAACAGUCACCAGGGCACAGCCAUCCACCACCCAUUUAGAUAAGGGUGUCGACAUACAUCCAUGCUUCAUUACCAUCGUCAUUAUUAUUAUUUAUUAUUAAAUUAUUUUAUAGUUAGAUAUUUGUUUCUCCGAGUUUAGGUAAACGCUCGCACGUAUUUACAAGUUAAUGCAAUUUGUCUGUAAAAAGCUAGAGUUGGGAAAAUGUUUAAUUAAAUAACUAUUCGAAAAUAAAUAUGUAUUUGAAAUAUUUGAAUAAAAAAUUAUUCGAAAAAAUAUUGGUUUUUUACUAAAAUAACUAAUUGUAUUUUAAAAUUAUUUGAAUAAUUUUUUAUUAGAUUACUAUUGUGUUUAAAAAUUAUGCAAAUAGCAUUUUAUUUAAAUAAAAAUGUAUUUGAAUAUUGCCCUACUCUGUGACUGUAAAAUAAAUAUAUUUAUCGUACAUAUUAAUCUAUAAUAUUAUAAGACAUUAUAUGUUAAAAUAUUAUUUUUGUGCAGUGAACGGUGGAUGCAAUUAAGCAGUAUAGUAAAUAAGUAGUAUGUAUUUUAUUUUGAUUCGACGCAAUAAUUGUAAGUAUUUUGAGUGCAAUAUAAUAUAAAACAAUAUAUGUAUAUUAUCUAUUAAUUAGUAUGUACUUAAUAGAUAUCAUAUAAACAAGUUGUUUUUUAGAUAAGGAUUAAAAUUAAUAUAAUAUCCAUAAUUUAUAAAUAUAUUAUAUAUUGUUUUGCGUACCAUUUCUAUCUGUAAUAAGUUUUUUUUAGUAUUGAAAUAAUUUAUGAUUAAGUAGUGUACUUGUGUCGUAAUUUGUAAGAAAUAUUAUUUAAAACUCUUAACAUCUACACUAUAUUUUAAUAUAUAUUAAUAUUAUAAUUAUUUAUUUACUUAUGAAAAUUAUUAUUUUUGGUUUUAUUUUAGAACUUACGAAUUUGUACUUUUUAUAUUUUGAAAAAGAAUUUUUAGAUAGUUGUUAU